AUGUUCGUUUUCGCUCCUCCUCUGGACCAGCUGAACGCUAACAUUUCCAGCCUUAUCUCCCAGAAUGUUCGCAUGUUCAGUGAGCUUUGUGAUCCUUUGUCAAAAUUGGAGUACAAGAGUAUAUGUUCCGAGUUAGACCAUUGCGAUAAAGCCAAGCUUCAGCCCUGCAUCAGUUACACAGCGUACGAGGAAACAACUCACAAUCGAGAGCAAGAUACCUUGGAUUACAAGAGUUGGGUGUAUCCUAGACCGGAAUUCGCUAUUCAUCCGGAAGAGGUCUUAAGAACACUGAAAUCACUCAAGAACUCAUCGUCAGCAACGUUUGAUGGUAUACCUCAGAUUGUCUACAAGAAAUGUGGACUUGUUUCAUGUGGACCACUAUCGAUGAUACCCAACAUUUCAUUACUAUUCGGAGAAGUCCCGCUGUUGUGGGAGAAAGCUAUAGUCACUGCUAUUUCGAAGACCAAAUAUGCUUCUAUGCUCUCUAAAUUCAGGCCUAUUAGUAUUCUACCUACACCUCUCAAAGUGAUGGAGAAGCUCAUAAGAGAUAAUCUUGAGAAAUGGUUUAGCGAACAUCAUAUCGUACCAGCUGAACAGCACGGUUUCAUCACGCAGCUUGCGGACUGUGUGUCGAUUGGUACCUUGCAAUUAAUGAUGGAAAUUUUGUCGAAGUGGUCUACUUUGAGCUCUCGGAAACUUUUGAUAAAGUCAAUUAUGAAAUGCUUCCUUUCAAAACUCUAUUUUGGUUAUCAGUGA